GAGGUAUUGGGGGUCUGUUCUUCAGAACUGGGUCAUCAAACGAAAGUACUCAAAAGGGCUCACCUUUCUCUGACUAUAUAAGCCCUGUUGCAGGCCAAUCCUAGACAUCAGUUGUUCAAUUCAUCAGAUAAACUCAACAUGAAGCUGUUCUUGAUCGCCGCUCUCUUGGCCGUUGCUGCCGCCGCUCCUUCCAGCUACAAGACGGAGGAGAAGAAAUACGAAAAGGACUACAAAUACCCAGAGAUCGUCGUCACCGGCCAAUCUGAUGAGCGAAAUCUCGAUGGAAGCAGCCAAUGGAACUACGCCCAAUCCGACUACGCUACCCGCGCCGAAUCCCAGGCCCAGAAGAAAUUCGUCGUCACCAAAGUCGAUGAUUACGGCAAAGAAACCAAAGAGGAAGUCUACGGUAACACCAACCAGGGAUCUUCUUACUGGGUUUCACCUGAAGGCGAGAAAUUCACUUUGACCUGGGUUGCUGAUGAUGCUGGAUUCCAGCCCAAGGGUGACCACUUGCCCGUCGCUCCCGUCCACGUCUACGAGCUCCCAGUUGCUCCAGUCCAUGAAUACGAACUCCCCGUUGCCCCCGUCCACGAAUACGAACUCCCCGUUGCCCCCGCCCUCCCUUACUCCCGCACUGGUCUCGGUUAUUAAAUUAGCCUUUUUGUGUCAGACACAUCAAGAUCAUGUUGUGCGUCCUAAUUAGGCCAAUUUAUUUAUCAAAGUCAUAAAUAUACCGAAAUAAUCUCUUAAAA